AUGGCGUCUGCAGCACAGCAGCACACCUCUCGCCCAAGUCAACCUACUGUCUCUAGAGCUCGCAUGAAGCUAUUCAACACCAUCCGAUAUUCCAUCUAUGGCACAGUCAUUCUCUUCACUGUAAUAUGCCUGGCAAUGGCGGGGAAAUUUCAGUCGGUGUUGGCUGCUUCGGACCUCACUCGUUUUGUCCCAUUCGCCAUCUUCGUAUGCUCCGUGAGCUUGCUUAUUUUCCUGGUCCUGUCAUCUUUCAGCUUUUUCCUUCGGGGAAGGAAUCCUAUUUCUACAAAGAUAGAAUUGGCUUGUCUGGGAUUGGCUGGGAUAUUCUGGCUUGUACUUGGUGUUUAUUUAACCACUUCUGACGCUCAAUCAGCGGAUGUCGAAUGCUUUUCUUCGGAUGACGUUUCCGAAUCGACACCUGUGGACGAUGCAUCUGCUGCAUUCCAUACGGAGCAAUAUCAAGCGAUGUACCGUGUACUGAAUACCUUUGCGUUGUUGAAUGCGAUUUUAGUUCUCUUUGCGUUGUUUGCGCUGCUUUUUCUCGCAGUUCGCAGACACAGAAGAGGCGACGAGCAUAUGUGGCAUGGACCAGUCACAUCUUGUGCUUGGUUCAACAACUACGAAAAUACCCAGCAGACCCGCGGAAAGACGAGCAGUUCUAGCAUUCUACCUGUUGCUUCUGCCUACAUGGGAGAACCUGUAUUGACCGAGAAACCAGAAAGGAAAGCUAGUGCUAGACGCGCUGAGCGCGAUCAGAACCGCGACUACCCAUCAACACGACCUUCCCAACCGCGAAACCCCUACCCAACACCCCCCGAACAAUCACGAAAUCCGUACAUGACACAGACUCAAACGCAAACAAACCCAUCACGAAACCCCUACCCAACACCUCAGAAGACCCAAACACCCAGUAGAUAUCCGACGCGUCAUGACUCAGGAAGGUCGCGCACAGGUCCGACACGGCAAGACUCGGGAAGAUCACGGAGUGGAGCCGUGGCAGACCUUGAGAACGGAGGAAUGCUGAAUCCAUACAGCAGCAGAACGCGCGGGACACGUUAA